UUUCAGGUUAUUACGAAAAUAUUUGAUAUAUAUUAGGUACUGAUAGUGAAAUUGCAUUUUUCACAGAUGUCAAAAUUGAGACCUCCUAGUAUUACUGUUUGUAGCUACAGUAUCUAUAAAAUAUUCUAAAGACUAAUUACUAUUUCUCUACCACUGAUCCUAUAAAUUAUGACCCUUUCAAUGGUAUCUGCACGAGGAGUACUACAAAUUCCCUCAUUUAUCAUUGCCUUAAUUGGGACGAUCAUCAAUUUUGUAGCACUAGCAACACCAGCAUGGCAGGUAGUUUAUGUUCGAGAAUUACAACAAUGGAUACAAAGUGGAUUAUGGAUGAAUUGUCAAACGAGACCAUCUGGAAUGCUCUCUUGCACUUAUACAUUCACCAAGACUGAUGUUGAUUUUUACACAAAUCCACAAGUGGUCAGUAUUCGGACACCUGCAUUCUAUGAUUGGCAACAUACUUUAUUGUACAUACUAUUAUUUGGCCAAUUUUUGGCUGUUUUUGCAAUGAUUUGCUUUUGUUAUUCACAGUCAACAGAUGUUAACAGAAAUGCUCAAUUUUUAUUUACAAUUUCAAUUGGCCUUUCUGCACUAAUCAAUAUUGGCUGUAAUAUAACAUUUCAAAUAUUUGCUCACAUGCUCGAAUAUAGAUUCUAUCAUGUUAGUGUUAGUGGUAUUUAUGAGAAGCAUGUUGGAUAUUCAUAUUUUUUACAUCUUAUUGAUUCCGUUUUACUGGUACUGUCUUUCCUAUUUUCAUUGGCCUAUAUGAUAAUGCUUUAUCGAUCUGUUGAAAGUAACAGUUCAGUAUGGACGACAGGUCAAAGUGCUUUAUCAACAAAUCAGGCUUAUCAACAUUAUCAUCCGCGUGAAGAUCUUUUCGCAAUGCGUGCCCUUCCUGAAUUGCCUCAAAAAUACCGGAAAUAAUUGCCAUAUGUAAAUUUUAUAUGCUAACUGUUGUAAUUUAUCUUGAUAAAAUAUGUAUUAUACUGGUUUUUGAAACUAAUUGUUACGG